GAGGCGUGUUUCUGUUGACCGAGCGUCAGUGAACGUUACACAUGGAGCCCACUGUCGCUCCAGCCAAAGUUCAGUGUCAAAGUAAAUCUCCAAGCCUCCAAAAUGGACCUGAAGGAGCUGGUUGUGAGCACGUUGGCCCAGAAUAAGAAGGCCGCUCUCCUGAUCGGCGGGGCGGGCGUUGCUGUUCUGGGACUCGGGCUCGGAUAUAAAUACCUGCGAAAGCCAGAAAAAGUUGUUCGUGUAGGCGUUGUGUCGCAGCUCCUCAUUCACCCUCUGAAGUCUGGCAAAGCGGUGUCUGUGGCUCUCGCAGAAUGCCAGAAAAUCGGUUUGAGGUUCGGAGAACUGCAGGAUCGACACUGGCUGGUGGUGACAGAGGACGGUCACAUGGUGACGGGCAGACAGGAGCCUCGUCUGGUGUUGGUGUCGCUGACCUGCGAGGGAGGUCGGGUUUGUUUGAAUGGACCAAAUAUGGAGGAGCUGAGGUUCCCCAUCAAACAGCCCGAUAACGCCGUCAUCGACUGCAGAGUGUUUAGUGCUGACAUUCAGGGCCGGGACUGUGGCGACGAAGCGUCUCGCUGGCUCACUCAUUAUCUGGGGGCAGAGAAAACCUUUCGCUUGGUGCACUUUGAACCUCAGAUGAGAGCCAGGAGGCCGGUGGAGAAAGAGCCUCUUUUCCCACAAUAUGAGCAGGUGGCGUACCCAGAUAUCGGACCUGUGAUGCUGCUGUCGGAGGCGUCUGUUAAAGACCUCAGCAGCAAAUUGGACAAGGACGUCACGGUGGAGCGUUUCCGCCCAAACAUCGUAAUAAGUGACUGUGAGGCUUUUGAUGAGGAUUCAUGGGAGGAGAUCCAGAUUGGCAGCGUGCGACUGCAGCGUGUAAUGUCAUGUGGAAGAUGCAUUUUCACCACAGUUGACCCUGAAACUGGUAUAAUCAACAGAAAAGAGCCUCUGGAAACACUGAAAAGCUAUCGUCUGUGUAAACCAUCCGAGAAGCAAAUCUACAAAUCGUCUCCGCUGUUUGGACAGCUGCACACUGUGAAGAAGACGGGGAUCCUGCAGGUCGGAGACGAGGUGUACAAGAUCAGCCGCUGACAGAGCAAGUUAGAGAGAGGGAAACAUGGUGCCACAGUAUUCACUCACUUGUUAUUAGCACAACCACUGUAUAAUCAGUGUUAAUCCACACUAAAGAAUGCACUUAAAUACAUGUAGUAUGUGCACAUAAUGAAGGAAAAAGCACAAAUAUCAGUGUUUUUUAAACAGGCUGUGAUUCACAGAGCAAGUUCAAAACACCAAUAAUCAAGUAGUGUUUUUUUUUUUUUUACACUAGACUGUGUUAAUUAUCAUUCCACUCAGCUGCAUCUACGUCAGAUGCACUGUUGUGUAACAUUAAUGCAACCUGGAUUAAACACAUCUCUAACAACAA